CACUGCUGUGGUCGUCGACGAGUCUCUCGAUGGUCUCACGCACAACAUAGAAACGAAAUGGCUGAAGAAAAUGUUGAGCAAACUUCUGGAAUUUUUCAGGAAAUUUUCACUUCGCCCCUGAACAUUAGCUUGCUAUGUCUUUGCUUGUUCCUUCUGUACAAAAUCGUCCGUGGAGACAAGCCUGCAGAUUUUGGCCCGGUUGAGGAGCCGUUGCCUAAACUAAAGAAAAGAGAUUUUACUUUAGCUGAACUGCAAGAGUACGAUGGAGUGAAAAACCCAAGAAUCCUCAUGGCUAUCAGUGGGAAAGUGUUUGAUGUUACGAGAGGGAAGAAGUUCUACGGACCAGAGGGCCCUUACGGGGUCUUUGCGGGUAGGGAUGCAUCCAGAGGACUGGCCACGUUCUGUUUGGAGAAGGAGGCCUUGAAAGAAACUCAUGAUGAUCUUUCAGAUCUCAAUGCUAUGCAGCAGGAGAGCCUGAGCGAGUGGGAGACCCAGUUCACGCAGAAAUAUGAUUACGUUGGGAAGCUUCUUAAACCUGGAGAAGAUCCGACAGAGUACACGGAUGAUGAGGAAGUCAAGGACAAAAAGACAGAUUAGAACACACCUAGCUCUUCCAUCUGUGCUUAAAUGACCUAGAUUUGUUGCACUCGCCUUUUUGUCUGAACCUCCAUGUAAUUUAAUGUGACGUUAAUGAGCACGUCAUAUGUUUAUAAAUAAUUUCACUUCUGUAUUCUUAAAACUAAAGUAACAUAUAUUAUAUCUACAGCAACUGUGAGACAUGUCAUUUGAAGAUGCAUUCAUUGGGAAUAUAUGGCUUUCUGUAAAUAUAAGAUGAUUUCUCACUCAUUUUAUUUGGAUUGCUGACUCUAGAUUUUUAUCUAACCAGAGAAUAUUUAACCCAAAUGCAUAAAUAAACAUCAAAACAAACUAGAAUACAAAAGUCUGAGUGGAAAUUCCCUCAAUUUUACUUGAUACAGAUUAAGGAGGUUUCAGGUGAACUCAUCAUCACAUGCCAGUCUGAUCAUCUGCUCAAGAAAUCUGUAGAUUAGAUACAUGCAACAUUCCAUGAGAUUUUAUGUUUUACGAAAAUAAAGUAUUUGUGAAACAGCUUUUCUGUUCAUUAUUAAAGAAAAUGAUUUAUUACCAUU